AUUUGUCCAUUGGAACGUUAAUGAUUUUUUAACUCUAUUAAUUGGAAAACUUUUUAAUCCGUGAGAUGAUGUAUAAGAUAAGUAUUGUGUUAUUUUUCUCAAGUGUGUAUUUGAUUUAUAUAAUUGCAGCUAAGAACCAAUGCCGAAAGACCAAAAACACAAUUGGAUCUAUCGUUGCAGAUUGUUCACAUGCAAACCUGACACAAGUACCAGAGAAUCUAUCGGACAAUAUCACCGUUCUUAUUCUUGACCAUAACGAAAUAGAAGUGAUAAAAAAUGAUGCGUUCAGUAAUUUGAAAGCAUUAAUUGAACUAACAAUCAACAACAAUAAAUUAAAAAGCUUAGAUUCUAAAGCUUUUAUAGGAUUGACAUCAUUGAAUACACUCAAGAUGUCUUGUAACAAUCUGGACUUUCUAGCAUAUACACCGGUUUUAUUUAACUUUAUAGCUAAUAUAUCAGUGCUUGACAUCAGAAGGAACAUGAACUUUUCAAAUAAUGCAAAACUGCCGACUUAUUAUCCGGACAAAGCACUUGGAGUACUUGUAAACUUAGAAAGUCUUGCUAUUGAUCUUGUACCAAUACCUGUAUUUGGAGAAGGGUUCAAGAAGAUGGAUAAACUGAAGGUAUUGGAAUUCGAUAAUUGUAAAGUAGAGAUAUUGAAUAACUCAACAUUCAUGAAUUUUAACUGGAGUAUUGAAUAUUUGCAUAUGAAUAAAUGUAAACAAUUUGUUAGAGUAGAGGAGGACACCCUUAAACAUUUUCCAAAUCUUAAAGUGUUAGAUUUAUCGGAUACUUACGCGCAUCCAAUCCAAGCUUUCCAACUUCUAAAACCUUUAGCAAAUAGUUCCAUGGAAAAGAUAAACUUUCGUCACGUGAAUGAUGAAUCGAUUACAAAUAACAGUAAAUACAGCUAUGAAGUAAAUAUUACGAAAGAAAUGGUAACGUAUUUACAAACGAUUUGCGUACAGGUUUUUGAUAUCUCUAAAAACAACAUAGUAGAUUUUGAAGAUGGUUCACUCCUUACAUUCAAUCGACCUGAAUGUUUUCUUAAUAUUUCACUAUCUGAGAACCGAUUUUCAUUAUUCCACGCACAUCGACUGGAAAAUAUUAAACAGUUUUUCAAUAGAACUCAAAACCUCACGAAAUUCGAGUACUCAUAUAUACCUUUGAGUUUUAUCAAUUAUCCGCCUAUAGCAGUGAGUAAUCUAACUAAUAUCACUGAAGAACGAGUAAUAACAUUACCCUCUUCAAUAAAAGAAGUGCAUAUGAGCCAUGUUUUACACAGUGGGCAACCAGUCUUGUGGAAAAUACCCCCGAAUGCGAUUAUAAAUCGUUUUGAUGUGUCGUUCUGUGUAACCGUCGAUCAGGCAACCAUAUCAAACGGUUCUGUAAUAGAGUAUCUAGAUGUAACGGGAGUUGAUUCAAGAGUAGUAUUCGAUAAAAUACAACUGUAUCCGUUAUUUAAACUUAAAACACUUGUAAUGAAAAGCACAAAUUUGUACAUUACAAACAAACACGAGAAAAACAUAUUUACGUUUAUUUCAGGGACAGAAAAGCUAGAUAUUUCAUAUAAUUUUUUGUGGAAUAUGACUACAGAUAUAUUUGAAAAUAUGACAAGACUGACAAACCUAAAUAUGUCAAAUAAUCUUUUAAGAGCAGUUCCACUUGCUAUUACAAGGAUACCAAAUCUCAUGGAACUCGAUUUGACAAGUAACCUUCUAACCAAUAUUAAUCGUACAUUACAAGAAUUUUUCGAUGUUUUGCAUACACGAAAUGGACCCUUUACAUUGCAUUUGGGCAACAACGCAUUUGUUUGCGAUUGUACUAACUACGACUUUAUCCGUUGGCUCCAUAGAUCAAACAUCACAUUUGACGCCAAUAAAACCUAUAAAUGCCUUUUACACAAUUCAUCUGAAAUUGACACACGUAUUGCUGCUGAACAUUUUAAUGAACUUUUUGCUGGAUGUGACAGCGGUGUGUGGCUCAAAGCAGGGAUAGGUCUUAUUGUAGCAUUUAUUGCUAUUUUCUUUCCCUUUACACUGAUAUACAGUUUUAGAUGGCGAAUUUCAUUUUAUCUCUACAAACGUUUUAGACACACUCUAGAAAAGGGUAUCGAUGUACAAUUCAAGUAUGAUGUUUUCGUGUAUUAUCCUGAUAGUGAACUGGCAUGGAUAAAGUAUAUACUAAUGCCUGAGUUAGAGAGAAAAUGGGGAUUGAAAAUGUGCAUAGAACAUAGAGAUUUCCCUGUAGGCAGGCCUAUAGCUGACACAUUCGCGGAAUGCAUUGAACAAAGCAGACAUAUUAUAUUUAUUGUAACUUCUUCAUUUAAGAAUGAUACAUGGGGACAAUACGCAGUUGAGCGGGCAAAAUAUCAUCACUUCUCACAGAAUUUACAAAAGAUUAUCGUCAUAACAAAAGGAAUAAAUACGGAGGAAAUUCCGCACGAAUUAGCUGUUUUGUGGAAGGACCUUGCCUUUAUUGCAUGGCCAAAUGACAACGAUAAAGAACUUGAGAACGUUUGGAAUAAGCUAAGACUGUGGUUAUUUCUUAAUCAUUCAAAUUAACUACUGUGGAUUCAUAAUUUUUCGUUGGAUUCAAUUUUUUGUGAAUUUCGUGAGAAAAUUUAAACCACGAAAUUCAAUGUUCAACGAAUACCAAAUUUUCAAUAGGCUUGUAUGCAUACUUCCACAAAACAACGAAAUACAAUAUCCACGAACAAGUAAGUUUCCAACAAACCAGGAAAAUUGGUACCCACGAAAAUAAAUGAAUCCACAGUAUGUGAAAUAAAUCUUCGUUAUAUUGUUAUAUAAGGAAACAUUACUGUGUGAUCUUAUGAAAUGUCACUCGGUUUGGCAAAUCUAACAGUUAUUUUAUAACAUACUUUAUUGUUUAGAUAAUGUUAAGCAAAUUUACAUUUUGCAUACAUCACAAACACUUUGAUAACACCUUACAUUUGUAUUUAAAAAUAUUUAAAAAAAAAAAAAAAUCGCAGUCCUGUAAAAUUGCAUGGUAGUGAUAAUUGUAUUCAAACAACAACACUUCAGUCUAUGUAUAUACUUCCCAUUGAUAGAACGAUUGUUGUUAUCACUAUAAGUAAAUUUCCAUCACGUUUUUUUAUGAUUUUUUUACUCAUUAGAUACACA